AAAAGGGAUUUUAGCCUUUUUGCGCUUGAAACGCUGCACACACACGCUCUGCGAUACUUCAAGAGGCCUCGGAUCUUCUGCUGACAGCUGUUAGUACGCGCGCCUGGCGCGCGCCGGCGCGGUGGCCUCGCGGCCGCCGCGCCGUGCCGAAGGUCCACCAUCACCACCAAUCUGGCCGAGCGAUUUAGCGGGCUGGCUGCUGCGGCAUUGCUUCGCAGCGAUGCCGCGGUCACGCCGCGGACGCUGCACCAGUGCGCGUCCCGCCUCGCUAGCUCUUCGACGACCGUCGCUCUCGCCGAGCGCCGCGCCGACCUUUUUUUUUGGCAAAGGCAUCAUCAUCAUCUACCACACCGCCGCCGAACUCGCCGACGUCGCGCCGCUGCGCGCUGAAGCCGUUCCAAGACCGACGCCAUCGCAGCGAGGGCGCGCCUCGCCAUGGGCCUUCCCGGUUUGUUCAAAUUGGAGAAGGAUUCGAUAGUAGCAAACGUAGAGAUCGUCUACGGUAGACCAGACUGGCUCUGCCGCGCCUUAAAACGGCUCCUCAUUGAAGUCUGGUGGGACGACCUUCAGAAGCUCGAUUUCGUGGUGUCUGAUGCAGAUGUCGACUGCCAUCAAUACUGCAAUCCAGAUGAUCGAAACGUGGCGAUCGGCGUGAUGCUCAAGGGGCUAGGAAUCACGCACUGCGUCGUCCGAGGUGGUAUCGGGGAUACCAAAAGCCGGGAGUCGGCUCCAACUGUCGACUUGCGGCGCGAUGCACUAGAAAUAGUCAUCGCCCAGCUACCACAAGAUCAUCCUGCUGUGCUGGCUCUGUCUUAUCUCGUGAGGCCGGACGUCCGGGAUGCGGCGCAGGCCGUGCGUGAGGCCCCCCCAGCCAUCCGACCAUUCAAGCCUGUUGCCUACUCAAAGUAUUCUGGUUACUUGCGAGCGCAGACGCUUCGUGAGCUGCGAGACGCCAUCGAUGCUGGUAGUGACGUCGUCGUCGACCAAGCCUCUACGGUCGACGCCGACAAGGUCAUCGGUUUUUUGGCGGCCUGCUUCCCGCAUAAGAGAACCGCCGCUCGGACCAUCGACAGCGACAUUCACUUCUUCAUGGAUAUGAUGGCCUACUUCCAGAAGACGAAGAAAGAGCCGGCCCGCCUCAUCUACCUCGCCAGGAAGUAUGCGGCGGUCCCGGCCGUGCACAUGCUCCUGUGCGCGUGGUUAUUGUGCGGCGGUAACGACUUCAUGGUCGGCUAUAUUGCGCUCGCGUCGCGGACGAACAAGGGAAACGCGACGGAGCGGGAGACGUUCUUCGCCAUGCUGGACCAGAUGAUGGCCGGGGCGCGACCGGUGAUGUCGUUAGACGAGCUGUUCGACUUCCUCUGCGCGACGCGAGAGGAGCGCAUCCGGGUCGUGUUCGCGUUGAUUUAUUAUUUUGAUGCGCCGUCCUUCGCCGGCGUCCUUUGCGGUCCUUGUUCCCAUCUGACGCGACGUCUCGCAGGUUCUUCAUCGAGAACGGGCGCGUGCGACGAGGACUCGAGGCGGCGGUGGAGCUGGCGCCGACGGCGGCCGCACGGGAGCGGAUCAUCGACAUGUUCUCGAUGGUCGUGAUGUCCGAGCUCUACGAGAUCGUCGAGGCCGUCGUCGCGGCCGCGUGCGCGACGCCCGAGGGUAUCAGGGCCAUCAAGGCCACUGGUCGCGAGCUCCGCGCCCGCGCGCCGUCGGAGGAGGAGUCGGCCGUGGUUCGCGCGGGCGCUUUGAUCGAGGGCGUAGACGCCGUUUGUGCUAGCGCGCGCGCCGCUUUGAGGGCCAGCGCCCUCUUUGGUCACGGCGGCGCCGCGGUCUUGGAGGUGCUCGCCGUGCCCCCUAGCGUCGCCAAGAUGAUGAAGGAUUUGCGGGACGAAGCGGAGACUCACGAGCGACGCGGCGACGUCGGCCUGCGGGACGCGGAGCGGGCGGUGCGUCGUCUGGCGCGCGUUGCGGCUCAAUUGGAAGAUAGAUUUCGGCGCACCGCUCUCGUCAUUUCGCGGGCGCGCGAUGCGUUCGCGCGGCUCACCGUCGCGGAUCCUACCCUCGUGCGGCUCUUCGCGAAAGCGCUGACGGCGUGCCUGUCGGAAGACGAAGACACCGUCAAGGCGGCGCUCGCGGCGACGGGCGUGUUUGAUGUGAGUCGGCCAGGAGGGCGGCACCUGGCGGCGCGGUUCGCGACGACGCCGGCGGCGGCCGCGGCGGCCGCGCCAGCAGUGGCGCCGUUCGCGAUGCCUGCGCUGCCCGACGCGACGCCGCCGCCGCCGCCGCCGCUGCGAUACCCUCGCCAUCGUAGGCGGCUCGUUGGGCUCCAAUCAUGCCCAAUAACGGGCGCCGUUGCAAAACCGCGCCCCGCUCCUAAACCGCGCGCCGCUCCUAAACCGCGCGCCGCUUCAAAACCGCGCACGUCGAGGGACGCGCCGGGCGGAACGGCCGUCGAUUCUGACGACGAGGAUUUUGGCCCGCUCCUGAGGUCGCGGGCCGAGAUCGAGGCCGACGCGAUGCGGUGGGACGCCGCGGCGGCCGCGGAAGCGGCCGCGGAGCGCGCCGGGGCCGCCGACGCGACCGUGGCCGACGACGGUCGCGAUGCUGACGUCGACGGGGGUCGGCCGCCGCGCGCCGACGGCGCCGCUGCAAAACCGCGCGCCGCGCCGCCAGUCGUCGCUGCAUCGCCUGGCCCGCACCUAAGCUCUAGCACCACGAUCGACGUCGAUGCCCUGCAGCCGCUCAGCAGCAUCCCAAUCCAGGAGGCGCCGUCCUACGACUCGGUCAUCAACUUCACGCGAUGCACUCCACGUCAGAAGAGCGGCGGCGCGACGAACUGGUGCGUCUUGUGCGGCAAACUGGAGGGCACUGGCGACGACUGCGUCACGAUCCCGAAGCAGAACAAGGACGUCUGCAAGAUCUGCGACACGGUCACGUGGAAGCACAACGCGUCGGGCGCCUACUUCAAGUGGUGCAAGGGCUGCAAGCGCUUCCACGAGAUCCACGCCUUCGCCGGUAAGAUCAGCGCCUCGAAGUGCAACGGCGCGCGCGCGCGCGGCCGCGCAUAUAUGCGGAAUUAUCACGCCGCCCUCGAGGACUGAGGCGCCGGGCGACGACUCCUUUCCUCCGCGAUUCAACGAACCUGAAUCAUCCACACCACCUGCGUAAGUAUCGCAAACGGUG